UCUCCCUCGGCGCCGCCGCCGCCGCCGCCGCCGCCGCCGCCGCCCGCGGGGCUGGGACCCGAUGCGGUUAGAGCCGCGGAGCCUGGAGGAGCCCCGAGCAUUUCUGCUUUGGGACAGCCACACAUCUAAUUCCUUAAAAUAGUUUUAUAUGUAAAACUUGUAAAGGAUCAGAACAAUGCCUCCAAGACCAUCAUCAGGUGAACUGUGGGGCAUCCACUUGAUGCCCCCAAGAAUCCUAGUUGAAUGUUUACUACCAAAUGGAAUGAUAGUGACGUUAGAAUGCCUCCGUGAGGCUACAUUAAUAACUAUAAAGCAUGAAUUAUUUAAAGAAGCAAGAAAGUACCCUCUCCAUCAACUUCUUCAAGAUGAAUCUUCUUACAUUUUCGUAAGUGUUACCCAAGAAGCAGAAAGGGAAGAAUUUUUUGAUGAAACAAGACGACUUUGUGACCUUCGGCUUUUUCAACCCUUUUUAAAAGUAAUUGAGCCAGUAGGCAACCGAGAAGAAAAGAUCCUCAAUCGAGAAAUUGGUUUUGCUAUUGGCAUGCCAGUGUGUGAAUUUGAUAUGGUUAAAGAUCCUGAAGUACAGGACUUCCGACGAAAUAUUCUGAAUGUUUGUAAAGAAGCUGUGGAUCUUCGGGAUCUUAACUCACCUCAUAGUAGAGCAAUGUAUGUCUAUCCUCCAAAUGUAGAAUCUUCACCAGAACUGCCAAAGCACAUAUAUAAUAAAUUAGAUAAAGGGCAAAUCAUAGUGGUGAUUUGGGUAAUAGUUUCUCCAAAUAAUGACAAGCAGAAGUAUACUCUGAAAAUCAACCAUGACUGUGUGCCAGAACAAGUAAUUGCUGAAGCAAUCAGGAAAAAAACUAGAAGCAUGUUGCUAUCAUCUGAACAACUAAAACUCUGUGUUUUAGAAUAUCAGGGCAAAUAUAUUUUAAAAGUGUGUGGAUGUGAUGAAUACUUCCUUGAAAAAUAUCCUCUAAGUCAGUAUAAGUACAUAAGAAGCUGUAUAAUGCUUGGGAGGAUGCCCAAUUUGAUGCUGAUGGCUAAAGAAAGCCUUUACUCCCAACUGCCAAUGGACUGUUUCACAAUGCCUUCAUAUUCCAGACGCAUCUCCACAGCUACACCAUAUAUGAAUGGAGAAACAUCUACAAAAUCCCUUUGGGUUAUAAAUAGUGCACUCAGAAUAAAAAUCCUUUGUGCGACCUAUGUGAAUGUAAAUAUUCGAGACAUUGACAAGAUCUAUGUUCGAACAGGUAUCUACCAUGGAGGAGAACCCUUAUGCGAUAAUGUGAACACUCAAAGAGUACCUUGUUCCAAUCCCAGGUGGAAUGAAUGGCUAAAUUAUGAUAUAUACAUUCCUGAUCUUCCUCGUGCUGCUCGACUUUGCCUUUCCAUUUGUUCUGUUAAAGGCCGAAAGGGUGCUAAAGAGGAACACUGUCCAUUAGCCUGGGGAAAUAUAAACUUGUUUGAUUACACAGAUACUCUAGUAUCUGGAAAAAUGGCUCUGAAUCUUUGGCCAGUACCUCAUGGAUUAGAAGAUUUGCUGAACCCUAUUGGUGUUACUGGGUCAAAUCCAAAUAAAGAAACCCCAUGCUUAGAGUUGGAGUUUGACUGGUUCAGCAGUGUGGUAAAGUUCCCAGAUAUGUCAGUGAUUGAAGAGCAUGCCAACUGGUCGGUGUCUCGGGAAGCAGGAUUUAGUUAUUCCCAUGCAGGACUGAGUAACAGACUAGCUAGAGACAACGAAUUAAGAGAAAAUGAUAAAGAACAGCUCCGAGCAAUUUGUACCCGAGAUCCUCUAUCUGAAAUCACUGAGCAAGAGAAAGAUUUUCUGUGGAGCCACAGACACUAUUGUGUAACUAUCCCUGAAAUUCUACCCAAACUGCUUCUGUCCGUUAAAUGGAAUUCUAGAGAUGAAGUAGCGCAGAUGUACUGCUUAGUAAAAGACUGGCCUCCAAUCAAGCCUGAACAGGCUAUGGAGCUUCUGGACUGUAAUUACCCAGAUCCUAUGGUUCGAGGUUUUGCUGUUCGGUGCUUGGAAAAAUACUUAACAGAUGACAAGCUUUCUCAGUACCUAAUUCAGCUAGUACAGGUCCUAAAAUAUGAACAGUAUUUGGAUAACCUGCUUGUGAGAUUUUUACUCAAGAAAGCAUUGACUAAUCAAAGGAUUGGGCACUUUUUCUUUUGGCAUUUAAAAUCUGAGAUGCACAAUAAAACUGUUAGUCAGAGGUUUGGCCUUCUUUUGGAGUCCUAUUGUCGUGCAUGCGGGAUGUAUUUGAAGCACCUAAAUAGGCAAGUUGAGGCUAUGGAAAAGCUCAUUAACUUAACUGACAUUCUCAAACAAGAGAAGAAGGAUGAAACACAAAAGGUACAGAUGAAGUUUUUAGUUGAGCAGAUGCGGCGACCAGAUUUCAUGGAUGCUCUACAAGGUUUCCUAUCUCCUCUAAAUCCUGCUCAUCAACUAGGAAAUCUCAGGCUUGAAGAGUGUCGAAUUAUGUCCUCUGCAAAAAGGCCACUGUGGUUGAAUUGGGAGAACCCAGACAUCAUGUCAGAGUUACUCUUUCAGAACAAUGAGAUCAUCUUUAAAAAUGGGGAUGAUUUACGGCAAGAUAUGCUAACACUUCAAAUAAUUCGCAUUAUGGAAAAUAUCUGGCAAAAUCAAGGUCUUGAUCUUCGAAUGUUACCUUAUGGUUGUCUGUCAAUUGGUGACUGUGUGGGACUUAUUGAGGUGGUGCGAAAUUCUCACACGAUUAUGCAGAUUCAGUGCAAAGGUGGCCUGAAAGGUGCUCUGCAAUUCAACAGCCACACACUCCAUCAGUGGCUCAAAGACAAGAACAAAGGAGAAAUAUAUGAUGCAGCCAUUGACCUGUUCACACGUUCAUGUGCUGGUUAUUGUGUCGCUACCUUCAUUCUGGGCAUUGGAGAUCGUCACAAUAGUAACAUCAUGGUUAAAGAUGAUGGACAACUGUUUCAUAUAGAUUUUGGACACUUUUUGGAUCACAAGAAGAAAAAAUUUGGUUAUAAACGGGAACGUGUGCCAUUUGUUUUGACACAAGAUUUCUUAAUAGUGAUUAGUAAAGGAGCCCAAGAAUGCACAAAGACAAGAGAAUUUGAGAGGUUUCAGGAGAUGUGUUACAAGGCUUAUCUAGCUAUUCGGCAGCAUGCCAAUCUCUUCAUAAAUCUUUUCUCAAUGAUGCUUGGCUCUGGAAUGCCAGAACUACAAUCUUUUGAUGAUAUUGCAUACAUUCGAAAGACCCUAGCUUUAGAUAAAACUGAACAAGAGGCUUUGGAAUAUUUCAUGAAACAAAUGAAUGAUGCACAUCAUGGUGGCUGGACAACAAAAAUGGAUUGGAUCUUCCACACAAUUAAGCAGCAUGCUUUGAACUGAAAUGAUAACAGAAACCGAAGGCUCAUUAUCUGGAUUCUAUACUGCACUGUUAAUAACUGUCAACAGGCAAAGACUGAUUGCAUAGGAAUUGCACAAUCCAUGAACAGCAUUAGAAUUUACACAAGAACAGAAAUAAAAUACUAUAUAAUUUAAAUAAUGUAAACGCAAACAGGGUUUGAGAGCACUAAACUAGUUCAUUUCAAAAUUAAGCUUUAGAAUAAUGCGCAAUUUCAUGUUAUGCCUUAAGUCCAAAAAGGUAAACUUUGAAGAUUGUUUGUAUCUUUUUUUAAAAAAGAAAACAAAACAAAAAAACCCCAAAAUAUAUAGAAAUGAUGGAGAAGGAAAAAGAAUGAUGUUCUUUUUUUGUCUUGCAAAUGUUCUAUGUUUUGAAAUUGUGGACACAACAAAGUCUAUUAUUGCAUUAGGUCCAAGGAAACUGAAGUUUGGUGUUAAAUUACAUUGAGAUUAGAAAA